GUCGAGACGGAGCUGGCGAACAAGUGCAGAGAAGCCUUGAAGAUCCUCUUCGAAGAGCUCAUCCCCAAGGCUGGUACUAGCGACUCCAAGGUCUUCUACUUGAAGAUGAAAGGAGACUACCAUCGGUACCUCGCCGAGUUUGCCACGGGCGAGAUGCACAGCAAGUGUGCCCAGGAGGCCCACGACGCUUACCAGAGCUCCUCCGAAGCGGCGAUUUCGGACCUUCCUCCCACGCACCCGGUGCGCUUAGGCCUUGCCCUGAACUUCUCCGUCUUCUACUACGAGGUCUUCUCGUCCCCAGAAAAGGCCUGCCUUCUCGCGAAAGCUGCCUUCGACGAUGCCAUGGCCGUCAUGGACAGUCUGGAUGAAGACAGCUACAAAGACAGCGCU